AUGAAGUUAUUUGGGUGGAUGCAGAACAAGCUACAUGGGAAACAAGGGAAUACUCAUAGACCAAGCAUAUCCUCUGCUCCUUCUCAUCAACCGCGAGAGGAGUUCAGCGAUUGGCCUCACGGAUUACUAGCGAUUGGAACGUUCGGUAGUGUGAACAAAGAUCAAACACCACAAAAACUAGAUCAAGAAGUGAUUCAAGAAGAAGAAACGUCGGCUAACGUGAACGUGGAAGAUCAUAGAGAUCAAGAACUUUCAUCUUCUUCCGAUGAUUUAGAAGAUUUCACUCCCGAGGAAGUUGGGAAACUGCAAAAAGAGCUGACGAAGCUCUUGACAAGAAGGAGCAAGAAGAGGAAGUCCGAUGUGAAUAGAGAACUUGCGAAUCUUCCUUUGGAUAGAUUCUUGAACUGUCCUUCGAGUCUUGAAGUCGAUAGACGAAUCAGCAACGCGCUUUCUGCUGGUGGGGAUUCUGAUGAGAAGGAAGAAGACAUUGAGCGUACAAUCAGUGUUAUUUUGGGGAGAUGCAAAGCGAUUUCGACAGAGAGCAAGAACAAGAAGAAGAAGAGUAAGAGAGAUUUGAGUAAAACCUCUGUUUCUUAUCUUCUUAAGAAGAUGUUUGUCUGUACAGAGGGUUUCGCUCCUGCUCCUAGCCCUAGCUUGAGAGACACGUUUCAUGAAUCGAGAAUGGAGAAGUUGCUGAGAAUGAUGCUACACAAGAAGACUAACGCUCAAGCUUCCUCGAAGCAAACAUCAACGAUGCAAUACUUGCAAGACAAGCAACAGCUUUCGUUGAAGGAUGAGGAAGAAGAAGGACGAAGUAGUAGCGAUGGGGGUAAAUGGGUCAAAACAGAUUCUGAUUUCAUUGUUCUUGAGAUCUGAUCCACUUUUCUCUUUUUCAAGUUCUUACAAGAAAGUACAGAUAGAGAAUCUUCACUGAUAUCAAAACAAACAAAAAAUCAUAAAAGAAAUGCUCAAUCAAGCUUCUUUUUCUUUCUGAUGAAAGUUUUUGGGUAUCUAUCAGCAGAUCCCCAUAAAUUUCCCUUUUUUUGCAUGGUUGGGUCCAUAAUACCAAACAUGUUUUGGAAACUAAACAUCAGAUGUAGUACUUUUCUGAAUAUUGUUACAUACAUGUGUGUAUAUAUAAAAAGAGAAAAAUAUAUAUACAUACAUGUAUGUAGUUCGUGUAUUUUUCAGGUGGAUAACCUUAGAUUAUUUAAAGACACCUUAGUUUAUUUAAAGAGUUCCUCUUUUUCUUCACACUCUGUUCUGUCAUUUUUCAGUAAUUUUACAUGCUUUUUCUCUUCUUG